AUGUGGUUAGUUUGGUUUGUUUUUAAUAGUAGUCUUAGUUUUAAUUUAAUAUUUCAAGUUGGAAUUUUAGAUUUUUGUAAAAUAUUUUAUUCUAUGAAACAAAUCAAAGUAUCGGCACCAGGUAAAGUUAUCUUGUUUGGAGAACAUGCAGUAGUUCUAGGUAAGACAUCGAUUGCCACAGCUCUUUCACUUCGUACAAAUGCCACUGUCGAACAAAUCGAGGAGCCCGUUUUGCAUAUAUUAUUACCUGAUCUCAAAGAUUUUGGUGAACGUAAAUACAGUCUAUCGGAUCUAUCAAAGUUAAACUCUUAUAAUUCUAUCAAUGAAAUUGAUUGUUUUGUACCAAGAGAAUGUAAUGCAGAGUUCUUAGAUGCUUUGUCACAACUAGAGAGUAUUAAGGGUAUUCAAUCGGUACUCUUUUUGUUCUCUGUAUUAUCAAAGCUGAAACAUGGAAUAAAGAUUCACUUCAGCUCAAACUUACCAAUGGGUGCCGGACUUGGUUCUUCUGCUUCAUUCAAUGUUUGUUUGGUGACUGGUAUUCUCUCUCUAUUCGAAAUAUAUGCAUGUGGUGGAUGUGAUCAAUGUAAGAAAAUCAAUAGUAGCAGUGGCACCACCAACAAUGUACCAUGUUCAAAACAAUUGGAAUUGAUCAAUCAAUGGUCAUUACAGGGUGAGAAGAUCAUGCACGGAACACCCUCUGGAAUCGACAAUGCAGUAAGCACCUAUGGAAGUGCAUUGACAUUCACACGUAAAGAUGGCUUCAAGAAUCUAGAGAGAAUCCCACCACUACGCUUAUUGAUCACCGACACAAGAGUGAGCAGAUCCACCAAAGUUUUGGUCGAGAACGUCAUCAACAGACACAAACAAUAUCCAUCACUCAUCGAACCAGUAGCAGUACUCAUCGAUACGAUCUCCAAAGAAUGUCUUCAAGCAUUCGAUCAAUACUUUAAUGAUCAUAACGAUAUAAAUCAACUUCAAAAAACUAUCGAGUUGAUGAUCGAUAUGAAUCAUUCAUUGUUAUCGGGAUGUUUCGGUGUUGGACAUAGUACAUUGGAUAUGAUUGCAAGUGUUUCAAAACGAUUCGAUCUUCAUAGCAAGUUAACAGGUGCAGGUGGUGGUGGAUGUGCAAUUACAUUGUUAAAGCCAUCCACUGACUCUGAGACAGUAAACAAUUUGAAAUCGGCAUUGAAAGAGCACGGCUUUGAAAGUUGGGAAGCUACCAUCGGUGGUCAAGGUGUUAUCAUUGAAUCUUCAACUAAUUCUUCCAAUUAA